GCACACACACAGACACAAAGCAGCGGACAUGAACCCGGAGCAGCAGAUGGAGCAGAGGGGGCGGAGUCAGUGGAGCAUCACCAUGUUCGAGGAGGAACACUUCCAAGGAAAGUGCUGUCAGUUCACCAUGGAGUGUCCGAACAUCUUGGACCGAGACUUCAGGAAGAUCCGCUCCAUCAAAGUAGAGAACGGACCGUGGGUGGGAUAUGAGUACCCGGAGUACCAGGGACAGCAGUUUGUGCUGGAGAAGGGAGAUUAUCCAUGUUAUCAGGCCUGGAGUGGAAACAGCAGCUACCGCACUGAACACCUUCUAUCCUUCAGACCCAUCCAAUGUGCUAAACACAGUGACAGUAAGGUGUCCCUGUACGAGUGUGAGGAUUUCCAGGGUCGGAAGUUCGAGCUGUGUGAUGAUUAUCCGUCUCUGCAGGCCAUGGGCUGGUGCAGCAAGGAAGUGCCGUCCAUCAAAGUCAACUCCGGAGCCUGGGUGGCGUACCAGUUCCCAGGCUAUCGUGGUUAUCAGUACAUCUUGGAGAGAGACCGGCGUGAGGGCGAGUUCAGAAACUACAAUGAGUUUGGCACUCAGGCUCACACCAACCAGAUCCAAUCGAUCCGCAGGAUUCAGCACUAAACACUGACACACUCUUACACACACUCUUACACACACUCUUACACACACCUUCCUCACUACAGCCUUCCUUGUACUUCCAUAAACAAAAAGAUUAAACUGUGUGAAAAUC